CGGGCAGAGAAAAGAAUCUCGUGAGAUCAGGGACGCUCUUCUCUAUCGUGGACAUCCCCAGUGGGACACUGGCGUUGAUGCUCUCAGUCUAUCUUGAACAUCCACGAUCGACUUCCAUGCCGUCCAUGGCAGCGUCCGUUCGAUAAUACUCCAACACCCCAGGACAACACAUCUUUUAAUUUCUCAACCGACAUCCCGUUCUAUACCACCCUCCCUCUACGCUGAAUGUCCACCACUUUCCCGGACCAUGCGCCUCAUUCCUCGUCCACAGUCUCCCGUUCGUCUCCUACAUCUCUCUCAACCUCGAGCUCAGAUUCUAUAGGGCCAGACCGGCCCUCGGACUACCGCAAGAUGGAGAAGGCUGUUCAGGUCGGUCCGUCGCACGAGUCGAAUCUGGGCGCAGCCACGGCUGUGGCUUCGAUGAAAGCUGCGACGACAGAUGAUGAAGCCAUCGGAGCUGCAAGGAAAGAUGGCAGCGGUGCCAUCAAGCAGGUGGAUAAGCGCAGUUUAGAUUAUAUUCUGCGGAGCGGGCUUGCAGGGGGAAUGGCGGGCUGUGCGGCCAAAACCGUGGUGGCUCCGCUCGACCGGGUCAAGAUUCUAUUCCAGGCUUCGAAUCCACAGUUUGCGAAAUAUGCAGGUAGUUGGUUCGGUCUAGUGACUGCAAUGCGCGAUAUCAAGCGCAAUGAAGGUGUACGAGGUCUCUUCAAGGGUCACUCGGCCACUCUGCUGCGAAUAUUCCCCUAUGCCGCUAUCAAAUUCCUUGCCUAUGAACAGGUCAGAGCGGUACUCAUUCCUUCGCGGGAUAAGGAGACACCUUUCCGGCGGUUAAUGUCCGGCAGUUUGGCUGGAAUCACGUCUGUGUUUUUUACGUAUCCAUUGGAGGUUAUUCGUGUCAGGCUGGCUUUUGAAACCAAACGAGAUUCUCGAUCGUCGUUAAGGGAUAUCUGCCGGCAGAUAUAUGGUGAACAAGCGUCGCGGCCCAGUGCUGCUGUUCCGUCGACUGCAGAAGUAAAGUCUGCUCCGGUCACGGCAACUGCGCAGGCCGUUUCUGCUGCUGUCACCAAAAGUACUCCUCGCUCAGGACUCGCGAACUUUUAUCGCGGAUUUGCCCCGACCCUUCUCGGAAUGCUGCCUUAUGCAGGAGUAUCAUUCCUCACACAUGACACAGUAGGAGACUGGUUGCGUUCGCCGGCUCUGGCUCCCUAUACAACAAUCCCGAAUUCAGAAACAUCCUCUCCACGAGGCGGCAAACAGCGAACACGUCGUGCCCAGCUCACUGCUUCCGCAGAGCUAUUGUCCGGUGCUAUUGCUGGUGUGGUCUCGCAGACGUCAUCCUACCCAUUGGAAGUUAUCCGACGGCGAAUGCAGGUUGCUGGUGCUGUAGGAGACGGCCACCACAUGGGCAUCGUCGAGACCGGACGCCGGAUCCUGCUAGAGAAGGGAAUCCGUGGUUUCUUCGUGGGGUUGACAAUAGGAUAUAUGAAAGUGGUGCCAUUGGGCGCAACGAGUUUCUUCGUUUACGAGCGCGGAAAAUGGUGGUUGGGAAUAUAGACGUGCUCUUUUCUCCUUUGCAUUGCAUCUGGUCUUGGGGGGUCGUGCGUUUGGUUCUGGCUGUCAGAUCCAUUUAUGCUAUAAGGGCUCUUUUUGCCUCCUCUUACUACUUGGACAAAAAGAGGCCUAUGUAUAUACAGAAUUUGCUUUCAUAUUUUUUUUUCUGCAUCGUUCGCUUGCGUUUGGGACAGAGGAUACCGGCCCAUGGGCCAUUGUUUGGUCAUGAUAUCGUCUUUUUCUGCAACUUGCCUCUAUUAGAGAAUUACAUGGGUUUUUCUCUUUUUUCCUUAUUCGACAAGUGUACUUGAUACAUGGGUAGGAUACAUGUAGCGAAUAUGUGCUUAUUGAAUGGCCUCUCGAUUUCCUCUUCUAUCCUGCGUUGCGCCUUUCAAGGUCUAUAUAACAGUAAAUCGAUUCGGUCACUAAGCAACA